CAACCACGAAACAGGCUUGUAGGGAUGAACUUGUAGUUCAUUUGUGUUUUUCCUCCCACAUUGUAUACUUCGCUCUACUCUGAUGUAUUGAGCAUUGUUCUACGAAAAUCAAAUUUUACACUUUAUAUAAAUAAAUAUAUAUAUAAAUAUAUAGGAAGUCUGUGUUUCGAUUUUUCCGUAGUACAGUGCUCGAUACAUCUUGAGGCAGAUCCAAAGAUGUUUCGAUCAUACACCAACAAAUAUUAGCACAGAUCAAGGGUCAAAAAUGAUAUCAGUGAAGUCAUCAAUAUCUUCACCAAUGAAGAUAUGGAAAAUACGCUACCUAAAUCCCGGAAGUGGUUUUGUAUGAAUUUUACAAGUGGUGUAUUUCCCAGUAAAACACUCGUGGUUCUGUAUUAAAUAAAAUGGAAUUUUGACCUUGUCCUAUGGGUCAGGAAUUUGCAAUCUUCCUGAAGCCUCACUGAGGAGAUUUGUACAUCAACUAUUCUAGCUAGCAUUCCUGGGACAUUUACAAAUUUUUUUCAAAAAAUUUAACCCACUGACUCCUGUGCUGGACGUAACCAGCCGUGACGAGCAUUGGCCUUUGUUCCACUUCUGACUUCAUCACUUUUGAUCAAAAUUGGCAUUGAUCAUCUACACUCAAGUUCUGCAGGAGGAAAAGAUCUUUCUACUGAUACCCAGAUCGGAGUGAUUGGCCCAAUGGAGUCUAAGAUAUGCACGAAUAUGCUCAUAAAUUGGAGAGAAAAAUGUGGAGCAAACUUUCCUGCAAUGACACUUAGCUACUCCAUGGUGAAAAUUGCCUGUCUCAAUGAUGCUUUCUCAGAAAUUUCUAAACUGGAAGCAAGCCCAGUAGAGGGUCAAUCACUGCCACAAAAAGAUAAGGAAAGUCAAGAAAAACUAAAAAAACAGAAAAGCCUAAAGACGUAGGUCACAAAUUUUGAUUUCUGUGCACACCCGAACAAAAAUGUUGUAAAGCCGUGGUGCUAGUAGAAAGUAAGGCAUGCUGUUAUGUUGCAAAUGCCUUUUUAAGUACAUUGGAGCUAAUUUGGCUCACACCCAGGCAGAAAAUCUCCCAAAUGUCCAAAGAAUGCGGUUUUGGCAAAGAGCUCCAGGAGUUAAUGGGUUGAAAAUGCCUCAUGAAUGCUGGGGUGGGGGAUCAGCAGGCUUGGAAUUGACAGAGGCAUUAAUUAUUAACUCAAGUUAGCAUGAGCUGUUAGCUAGUCCAUUUCUAAACUACUACAAGUCUUAUAAUCAGUCCACAUGGAAGGACCAUUUGUUUACUUCUCACUCACUGGAUCUGUCAAUAACUCCAACCAUAUCCUGGCUGAAGUUUGGAAAGAAUAUGGCAAGGCAGAUUCAAGAUGGCUGUUUUCUGACCCAACAAUUGUUUCUUUAGAGAUUCUUACAGUUGUCAUCACUGGACCCCUGGCUCUGUUGUUGAUCUAUGCUAUUAUCUGUGACAAACACUACAGACACUUUGUGCAGAUAACUCUUUGUGCAUGUGAACUGUAUGGAGGUUGGAUGACAUUUUGUCCAGAAUGGUUGACUGGCAGCCCAAGUUUGGACACAAGCUCCUUAUUGUAUCUGUGGUGUUACUUGGUGUUUUUUAAUAGUCUCUGGGUUGUAAUUCCUUUUCUUUUGUUGUGGCAUUCUUGGAAGGAAAUGGAAGUUGUGCACACCAGUGUAUCUACUACAAACAGAAAGAAGAAACGAUGAAAGACUGUGCCUCU